AUGAAUAGCAUAAGCAUAUUAUCAUUGAAACCCUGGAUUCCUCGCACCAAACUUGUCUUUCCCAAACCCUCGUCAACAAAAUCAACAAGAAUACUUGGUGCAAAUCUUCAGCCACCCAAUUCAAGCAACACAACAACCACCCAGCAACAACAACAGCUCAAUCUCUCCGUUCUUCGCUUCACAUUAGGAAUACCUGGGUUUGAUGAAUCUUACCUACCUAGAUGGAUUGGUUAUGCUUUUGGUUCUCUUCUGAUCUUAAACCACUUCCUUGCUUCUGAUUCUGCCACUAUUACACCACCUCAACUUACAACUGAGGUUUUGGGUCUGUCUUUGGCCUCCUUCUCAAUUCUGCUACCUUACCUUGGUAAAUUUCUCAAGGGUGCUCAACCAGUGGAUCAAACAACUCUACCAGAUGGAACACAACAGAUAUUUGUCAUGUCAACCCAUAUAGCGGAUGCUCUGAAGGAGGACUUAGCUUGGACAUCAUAUAUUUUGCUGCGCAAUACAAAUGCCAUAGCUGCGCUCGUUUUGAUUCAAGGAGAAAUAUGUGUAAGGGGCUACUGGAACGUGGUCGAUGAUUCAUCCAAAGAAAUUCUUCUUGGACAGUUUAGGAACAAAAUUGAAAAUGCUGGCCUUAAUGAUUUGAAGGAGACCCUAUAUUUUCCACAAGAUGCAGAUUCUGAAUUUCAGGAUCUUGUACCUAAAGGGGCUCGCUCUCUUCUGGUGCAGCCAAUAUUACAAAUUUCUGUGGAGAGUGCUACCGAUUCGCAAACACCGGCAGGAUUUAUUCUGCUGGUCUCAACCACGAGUUAUGCAUUUAGCAUUAAAGAUAGAGCCUGGAUUGCAGCUGUGGCCAACAAGCUUAGAGGUAAGUUGAAGAGGUAG